AGCCCCAAUCGGUGGCGAGAAAAGCUCCCCACCUGGGGAAGCGAGGCAGCUCCCUAGUGCGCUCGGCGGGGAGGACGCGGUGGCGGCGGGACUCGAACUCUGUCGUCGAGGGGCGCCCCACAGGGUCCCGUCUAAUGCCCGGAAGGCGCGCCGGGUUGUAGUGGGAGGAAGCCGGUGUACACAGCUGUCUUCGGUCGGGCUCAGGCUUCCGCUCCCUGCCUGCUCCCCUUUCCAGCCUUCCGCCCCAGAAAUGAUCUCAAGCGUUGCCAGCUUGAUUCCAGAGCCCCACUCGCGGACGGAACAGACCUCAGCAGCGGCGUGGUGAAGACUUAAAGCUGGGACCUGGAAUCGUAUCCUCCUGUGUUUUUUCAGACUCCUUGGAAAUUAAGGAAUGCAAUUCUGCCACCAUGAUGGAAGGAUUGAAAAAACGUACAAGGAAGGCCUUUGGAAUACGGAAGAAAGAAAAGGACACUGAUUCUACAGGUUCACCAGAUAGAGAUGGAAUUCAGGGGAAAAAAAAGACCCAGAAGACUCAGCUUCUCCUCACCUCUUGCUUCUGGCUCAGAGCCCUCUCGUUAACUCUGUCUCAGAAGAAAAGCAAUGGGGCACCAAAUGGAUUUUAUGCGGAAAUUGAUUGGGAAAGAUAUAAUUCACCUGAGCUGGAUGAAGAAGGCUAUAGCAUCAGACCCGAGGAACCCGGCUCUACCAAAGGAAAGCACUUUUAUUCUUCGAGUGAAUCGGAAGAGGAAGAAGAAUCACAUAAGAAAUUUAAUAUCAAGAUUAAACCAUUGCAAUCUAAAGACAUUCUUAAGAAUGCUGCAACUGUAGAUGAAUUGAAGGCAUCAAUAGGCAACAUCGCACUUUCCCCAUCACCAGUGGGUGCAAUUAAAAGGAACUUAUCCAGUGAAGAAGUGGCAAGACCCAGGCGUUCCACACCAACUCCAGAACUUAUAAGCAAAAAGCCUCCGGAUGACACUACGGCCCUUGCUCCUCUCUUUGGCCCACCACUAGAAUCAGCUUUUGAUGAACAGAAGAUGGAAGUUCUUUUAGAUCAACCUGAGAUAUGGGGUUCAGGCCAACCACUUAAUCCAAGCAUGGAGUCGCCAAAGUUAACAAGGCCUUUUCCCACUGGAACACCUCCGCCACUGCCUCCAAAAAACGUACCAGCUACCCCACCCCGAACAGGAUCCCCCUUAACAAUUGGACCAGGAAAUGACCAGUCAGCCACAGAGGUCAAAAUUGAAAAACUACCAUCCAUCAAUGACUUGGACAGCAUUUUUGGCCCAGUAUUGUCCCCCAAGUCUGUUGCUGUUAAUGCUGAAGAAAAGUGGGUCCAUUUUUCUGAUACGUCCCCGGAACAUGUGACUCCGGAGUUGACUCCAAGGGAAAAAGUGGUGUCCCCACCAGCUACACCAGACAACCCAGCUGACUCCCCAGCUCCAGGCCCUCCUGGCCACCCAGGUCCCACAGGCCCCCCAGGGCCUCCUGGGCCUCCUCGCAAUGUACCAUCACCGCUCAAUUUAGAAGAAGUCCAGAAGAAAGUCGCUGAGCAGACCUUCAUUAAAGAUGAUUACUUAGAAACAAUCUCAUCUCCUAAAGAUUUUGGGUUGGGACAGAGAGCAACUCCACCUCCCCCACCACCACCCACCUACAGGACUGUGGUUUCGUCCCCCGGACCUGGCUCAGGCCCUGGUACGGGGACCACCAGUGGUGCAUCAUCCCCUGCUCGACCAGCCACUCCUUUGGUUCCUUGCAGCAGUACCACUCCACCUCCACCCCCUCCCCGGCCUCCAUCCCGACCAAAGCUACCUCCAGGAAAGCCUGGAGUUGGAGAUGUGUCCAGACCUUUUAGCCCUCCCAUUCAUUCUUCCAGCCCUCCUCCAAUAGCACCCUUAGCGCGGGCUGAAAGCACUUCUUCAAUAUCGUCAACCAAUUCCUUGAGCGCAGCAACUACUCCCACAGUUGUGUCAGAAGAUGAUGUUUUUUAUGACAAACUGCCCUCGUUUGAAAGGCGCUGUGAAACGCCUGCAGAGAAUGAACAGCCUUCCCUCGUUUGGUUUGACAGAGGAAAGUUUUAUUUGACUUUUGAAGGUUCUUCCAGGGGACCCAGCCCCCUAACCAUGGGAGCCCAGGACACUCUCCCUGUUGCAGCAGCAUUUACCGAAACAGUCAAUGCCUACUUCAAAGGAGCUGAUCCAAGCAAAUGUAUUGUUAAGAUUACUGGAGAAAUGGUGUUGUCCUUUCCUGCUGGCAUCACCAGACACUUUGCCAACAACCCAUCCCCAGCUGCUCUGACUUUUCGGGUGAUAAAUUUCAGCAGGUUAGAACACGUCCUGCCAAACCCCCAACUUCUCUGCUGUGAUAAUACGCAAAAUGAUGCCAAUACCAAGGAAUUCUGGGUAAACAUGCCAAAUUUGAUGACUCACCUCAAGAAAGUGUCUGAACAAAAACCCCAGGCUACAUAUUAUAACGUCGACAUGCUCAAAUAUCAGGUGUCUGCCCAGGGUAUUCAGUCCACGCCUCUGAACCUGGCAGUGAAUUGGCGAUGUGAGCUUGCAAGCACUGACCUGCGCAUAGAUUACAAAUACAACACAGAUGCAAUGUCGACCGCUGUGGCCCUCAACAAUGUGCAGUUCCUGGUCCCCAUCGACGGAGGUGUAACCAAGCUCCAGGCAGUGCUCCCACCAGCAGUCUGGAAUGCUGAACAACAAAGAAUAUUGUGGAAGAUUCCUGAUAUCUCUCAGAAGUCAGAAAAUGGAGGGGUGGGUUCUUUGUUGGCAAGAUUUCAGUUAUCAGAAGGCCCAAGCAAACCUUCUCCGUUAGUUGUGCAGUUCACAAGUGAAGGAAGCACCCUUUCUGGCUGUGACAUUGAACUUGUUGGAGCAGGGUAUCGAUUUUCACUCAUCAAGAAAAGAUUUGCUGCAGGAAAAUACUUGGCAGAUAACUAAUAAAAUCUCAUGAAAGGAUUUGGAAGAUUCAUAUAAUGGAGAACUGAUAUAUGAGAAACAGGUUUUAAUUUGGGUUUAAUGAAAACAAACCAAUAUCUGCACUUGGGAUGUAGCAGGUGGAAAGUCAAUGACUUUCAGCUGUGAUUUCCCUCACACAAUACCCUGAUGACCAGUCCUACAGUAUUUACUUCUAGGUGUAAUAUUGUUAAUGGUUUUAAAAUGUAAUUAUUGUAUUUGUAAAUUGUACUCUCAUUCCAGUAAGGCAGUUAGACACUUGAGUUUUAGCAUUUUACCAUUCCUGAAAUGGAUGUAAUUUAAACUGUGGUAUGUAAAUUUAAUAGUAGUAUUGUUGAAUGGCACAAUGCUUACAGAGGUAGAUUGCAUUUUGUCAAUAUAUAAAAUUUAAAUAUAAUAUUGAUAGCUGUCAUAAAGGGGGUGCCACAUAUUAAAGAAACUUAAGUGGAACCAGAACAAAAAGAAACAAACUUACUUUUCUUCAAUCCUUACUAUGUUUUACUCUAGUGCUAAAUAUAAAUUCUAUCUUCAAAUGUUUAGUGGGUUAAAUUGAGAAACUAUUUCAGAAAAAAAAUUCUAAGGUUACAGCAUAUUCAAAAAAAAAAGCAUUAGUUACCACUUUUUAAAGAGCUUUUUUUUCAAACUGCAAAUUUCAUAAAAAUGCAAACUGUGUAAACAGGGCCUCUUAUUUUUAUAACUUGUGUAAAAAGGGAAAGCAAUUCAUAUUUAAAGUUUAAGUAUAUUAAAUUAUAAUCAAGAGUAAAGAAGAUGUUGAAGUCUUAACUACUUGCCCCUCUCUACAGUUUAGCAAAUGUGGAGAUUGCUGAAUAAUCAGACGAAAACCAAAAUUGUGGUUUUAAGAUUUCAAGAUUUUCCAUAGUUGAACUGGUUAACAACUUUUGCUCAAUUACUUUGAAUAGAUGGUCUAACUCACCCAGUAUGGAGGAAUGAUGUCUUGCAUCUUCCUCUUUACCCAAAGGAAUCAAAACAGUCAGACUGAGAAUUAAAAAAAAAAAAAUCCCCUCUUUAAAUCCAGAAGGAGAGUUUUAUUCAUUGUUUAUGUCGUUUGAGAAUGGAAAAAUAAACUUUAUAAAUGAAAUUCUAUUCACAUUACUGUGUAAUAAAUUUCCUUUUGGAUGAUUAGGAUUCAUUGUAUAAAACUAAAUCUUUGCCGUUCUCAGAGAAUCAAGAGGAGAGUUAUCCAAAAUGUAUGUCAUUUCAUGGUUGCCAGGUAUAAUAAAAACUGCAAUUAUUCAAUCUGGUCCCACGAUACGAACAUUUAGAAAGACGAACUUCUUCAGGAAUCUCAGUUGCAAAACCUUCCCUCAUUAAGCUCUGAAAAUGAUAGUCUUCCUUUAAGUCAUAGGACUUAUUUAAACAUAAACCAAUUUCUAUUAUAGGUUAUGCUGUUAAAUAACUAUAAUUAUUAUUAUUUUUAUAAUUAGUUGUUAAAUUUCAUUUUAUAUCCACUCAAGUUUAACAAAGAAUCUUUAGCCCCUUGAAAUUUUAGAAUCAAAUUAAAUUUUUAAAGUCUUACUUCUAAAAUGAGAUUGUGACUGGCAGUUGUUUAUAGUGAAACUUUUUAAAUUAAUCUUUGUACUCCUCUAUGAGCGCUUGCUACCAAGAGAAUGUUCAAAAUGAUUUGUUUUACCUUGGAAACAUUCUUACUAUUCAACAAACUCUCCGUUGGCUCCCUGAAGCAGUCUGGUGUUGAAGCUUCUUUGAACAAACUAAUUAAUAUACUCCUUUUAUGUAAAGGUAUCCAAUUUGAUUUUGAAACCAAAAUAGAAAAUGCAAGAUUUUAAAUUCCAUGAAACAUGGAAUUUAUGAGGCUAAAACCAAUGGAGAGUAAGCAGCAGAAAAUUGAGAAUUAUCCAGUAUAUGAAUAUAACAAUGUGUUUUUAAGUAAUCAAUUCAUUUUAAAAAUUGAAUAUUAAUACAAAGCAUAUUAAAAAUGUGUACAUAUUACUGGUUCUCAUGUCUUUGUAUUUGUAUUUUAUUUUGUUUUAUUUUAUAUAGAUCUAGAAUGAAUUAGUAAUUAAACACAGGCUUUUUUCCCCAAAAAAAUAAUUUUAUUGAUUUUUUAAAAUAUAAUUAAAAACAUAGAUUACAGUAAUCUCUAACAUUAUUCAGACGUUUCUAGGGACUAAAGUAGAAACUAUGAAGAAAUCCUAUGAUCCCUUAAUUGGUGUUUAUGAAACAGAAUGGGAGUCAGCAAUUUCAAAAUGAUUAAACUUUGAAUAACCAGAAUCUCAAUAGAAAAUGUAUCCCUUCACCUUUCAGAAAAGAGAUCAAAUAAUAAGCUGGAAUCAGGGAUUUCCAUUUUGACAUUUUGUUUUGUUUUGUUAAUUUGGUAGGUUCUAAUCUCCUGUUAAUCUAUAUCCACAGUACUGUAGAAUAAGCAUUCGUAUCCUGAAAAAUGAUCCUACGCAAUGGAAGAGUCUGUUAUUAAAGACAUAUUAAGUCAGAUUCAUUUAUUCAUUUUAUUCCCAAGUCAGUAUAAAAUAAACUACUAUGUAUUAAAACGACUUUCAGUACUAAGGGUUAAAACAAAAAGAAAUGGUUCUAGUUAACCAGAACGCCAUUUCCUGAAUGUUAUAAUCUUUAAAAGGUUCUGGUUUAGCAAGAUAAAAAGUAUGAAUGAUGCUACUUUAUUUUGGCAACAUGGAAAGUAUGUUUUUCUUUUCCAAUAAAAUCCAUAUUUUCAUGAAAUUUUUAAAAAUAAAUUUUUAUUAAUAAUUAUUCUGAAUUUUAUCAUAAUUGAAAUUUGUAAUUACUAAGAAUUAAAUUUUUAAUCAUUUUUAAAUCUGUAUUCUUCUCUACACCCACAGCCAAAAUGAAAAUUCACUGCAUGGUAUUUGGGAAUAUAUUUCACCUGUAGAAGAAAAAAUGUCCACAAUUCAAAGGGUUUUGAGUUAAUAGGAAUCCCUCAGUCAAACUACAUCAUUUUUUUGUUUUAUAUAUUCUUAAUCAGCAAAGUGUUGGAGCCAUAAUCACACAUAUUUCCAUUUCUAAAGCUUGCUUUAGAAAAGCAGAUAACUAUAAUACAUUGGCUGUACCACUAACUCCGGCUGUAUGAUAUUGGACAAGUCACUGCCCUUUUCAGUUUCUCAUCUUUACCUGAGGAGUUGGGAUUGCCAGUGGUUUUCAAACUUUUCUUAACAGCAGGACUUUUUUUCUAAUAAAAUUGUACAUGGAAUCCUGGUAGUCAAAACAGCUCAAAGCAAAGCAGGAGUUUCUCCAACAGUUUAAAUCUGGGUUCCUGAGAGCAUGGUUUAAACACCAUAACAACACACAAUGAUCUAUCAAGUGUCUUCCAAUUCUGAAGUUCCACAAUUCUAAUUUACACAGAGAAACCACAUUUUGAGCCUUUAUAAGCAAACUUGUAAACUGAUAUACAAUGAAAAUUGACAGAGAGCUUACUGUGUACCAGUCACUACAGAUAUUAGCUCAUUUAAUCCUCUUAUCAAUCAAAAAAUUGUAAGUACUCUUUUUAAUUCUUGUUUUACAAGUGAUGACAAUUGAGGGUUAAACAGAAUAAUUAAUUUCCCCAAAAUGACACUGCAGCUGGAAGUAACCCAGUUAUUCUCACUGCAAAGGAAAUGCCUUAUUUGCUUUGUCUAUCCUAAACAAACAAAAAAAAUCUGUCUUAUGUCACUAUACAUACUCCAUUUGAAUGCCAAGAGAGAAGGCACCAUGAAAAAACAUUACCAAAAUAAGGAUAAUUCCAAUAACUAAGUUGUCAAAAAAGAAUCAAUGCUUCUCAAAGUAUGAUUUGUACCAUCAUUUAUUAAUGAUUUUGGUUUGGUCACCACUAUAUCCUUAGAGCCUAGAAUAUUUUAGGCAUUUAUCAUCAUGUGGGGUUAAGUUAUACACAGUAAGCAUCGAUACAUUUGUAUUGAAGGCAUAAACUUCUAGGGAUGGGACUUGGGAUUAUACAUUUUGAUAAGUGCCCCAAAUUUGAGAAUCACUGUAGAUCUCUAAGGUCCUUCUUAGUUCUGACAUUAUAUCAGAUUUUAAGCAUUAAAUUCUAAGAUGAAAACCAUUUUUCUAGUCAGUUGUUCAUUUAGUCCACUUAAUUUCCUCUAAUCUUUCCCUAGGAAAAUCCCUAUCUUUUUCUUAAAGUUAUUCUGUUAAACUAUCUCAGUCUCAAAGUAGCUUGAAAUGCAUUUUCUCAUUUUCAUAUUUCUGUCCUUUGCUUCAGUGUCUUAAAAGACUUGAAGUAGUAGGGAGGUUGCAAGCUGUUAUUUAUUCAAAUUCAAAGUCUUAAUAAAUGUUUCCUUCUUUGCAAGGGACAUUCAGAUCUCUAACUUGUGAGUUGAAUCUGUUUAUUUUAUAAGCUUUGACUUUACAAACAUGUAGUAGCCUCAUUCUAAAAGAGUUACAUCAAUAUUUUUUCUCAAAAUAACCACAGGCUACAAAAUAAAUUGAAUGAUACAGCAAAAUAUGCAGAUACUUACUAAACAGAUGAGAGAGAGAGAGAGAGACAGAGAGAGAGUGUGUGUGUGUGUGUGUGUGUGUGUGUGUGUGUGUCAGCUUUUCCUUUUCCAAAAGAUUAUACAUUUGAGCAAAAUCCCAUUUAGUCUAAAUGUACUCAUUUUGCCACAUGGUCUUCUGAUCAGCAAUUUUUUUUGAUGGAAGCAUGAUAAUUAUACUUAAUAAUACCAAAACAAGAGUGGUCUCUAAAUGUAGCUUUGAAAGUUAAUAUAAGUAAAUAUGAUCUGUCCAUGCAAUGAGUCUAAUUAAAUUGUUGAUAUGAAUAAACAAAUCAAUCCAAGUUACAUUGAUUAAAGGGACUGUUCUGAUGACCCACCUCCCUACCUUUUAUUGUGUGCACUUUCCUCUUAAGGCUUUAUUUUAUUUUCCCUGCUCCUUUAGGCUUUUUUUUCCACAUGGCAAACAGUAUCUAAAUGCCAUUCUCUCACUUGCGAAUUCAAUAGAAUUAAACAUGGCUACCAUUACCUUACUUUUUGUCAGUGGAGUGUAUGGAAGGAAGAUGAGAUAGGAGUACAUUGCUUAAGUCUCUAAAUAUUAAAAACAAACAGCAACAAAACACUUGCCUUUCUCUUGUGUUACUGCUUCAAUGUUCUGUCAACAUCCAUCAAGCUGGAGUUGCAUUGUUGUCAUUUAAUUAAGAUCUAAAUAUCUGUCGUGACGGCAUGUCAAAUGUAGAGUCUGUUGAGUUGACCGUGGCAAACCUCUUGAUUGGCCCUCACGUUUAAUAUCUGAUUUCUAUCCUAAGUGGGUAUGUCUAUGAGGAAAAGACACCCAUUUGUUGACAUUGACCACAGAUAUAAUAAUUUAUUCUCUAGGUUUAACUUCUAAAAUUAUUUGUCCUCUGAUUUUUGCCUCCUUCCAUCCUUAGAGUAAUAACUUGCCUGUCUUAAAUACAUCUUUAUCCUUGUAAAAAAAAGUUUUCAUGAAAAGUAUAUUUUUAAAUGUCCCAUAAUGUUUUAAAGAAAAGAAGUAAAGUGUAUUUGGGCUAUAUUCACCAAUAUUCUGGUAUUUUACAAAUCAUGUUCUGGCAGAUGUUCACUGUGGUCUGAGAAAAAAUGGUCCUGUGCUAUAAUUCUCUCUACUUGGACAUUAACAAUAAAUGUUAGUGUUUUAAUGACACUUAAGAAAGUUAUUGAAUCAGGUAAAAACUUUUUUUUUCUAAACACACCUGGAAAAAACCUUUGGAAAAGUUUUCUUUUAACACUAGUUUAUAUAUCCUUCAAUAGUUGCAAAUAAAAUAACGAGGAAUGCUUGAAAAAAUGCUUCUGGAAUUUUGUUUUAAUUUUAAGGGAAUUCCUGCUAUUUCAAAUGAAUUGUUACCUAUUUUAAAUUUCAUUAGUAUCUUUUAGUGAAUUUAACUUAAUCCUCUAAAAUAUUCAAAACAAGACAAUAAAAUUAUUUUAAUUGUUUUAGUAUUAUUUUUAAGGCUUGCACCUAUGACCAGAAUAUCGGACCCCUAUCUAUUGAAGAGGUUUCCAAUUCUUUGCAGUGUGGAAUUAAUGCUAGUGAAUCAUCUCCAGUAAUGUUUUACUAAACAGCUUUAGCAAACUGAAUCAUGAUAGAUCAAUGUUGACAGCAUUUUUACAUAAACUUGUCAGAAAUUAUAUUAAAAACAUUUUGGUGAAAGCUAAGAGCAGUGCAAUCUUUAGCACAGAUUUUGCAAGAUUCUAUACUCUUUUAAUAAGCAUUUCACUGUUUUAUUUUGUUUUGCUUUGCUUUGCUUUACUUUGCCAAUCAGUUGCUUUUAUACCAAAUCAACAAUAUUUCUUUAAAAACUUCCUGGGUAAAUUGUUAUCAUAUAGAAAAAAAUCAAACUGAAUCUCUUUAUAUUUAUCUAAAGAAUAGUUCAGUUUUUAAUCCAUCCAGAGUUUAUGAAUCAGCCUGAUAGCUCAUAAGCCACUUAUAAUUUAUAAAUUUUAAAUGUUUCAUUUAAUGAGUAUAUCAUGCAAAUGUUAAUUUCAUCUCACUCAUUCAGUUUUAUAUUAUUUUGAUGACUUUUUUUCUGGCAAAGUAAAUGCUUGAUGUUAUUCAUACACCAUCACUUUAAGGUUUUUUAAAUAAUCCAACGAGUAACUAUGACAAGGACUACUGUCCCAAGAUCCAAAGUUAGACUUUUUUUCUUUAAGUUGCUAGAAUGAUAAUUCAUAUAGCUGUGUUGAUUUGUCAGGUCAGAAUUUAGUUCUUGCUUUGUUAAAUGAACAUACAUGAAAGAGAUUGACUCCUAUCUAAUUCAUAUUCUCUCUGUCUCUCUCUCUCUCUCUCUCUCUCUCUCUCUCUGUCUCCCCUCUUUGUCUAAGGGAAUUGGAAAAUUGCUGCUGAACAAUUUUUCUUGAAAAAGCCAAGUGUUGAUAUGAUGAUACGUUAAUCUUAUCUAUGAACAGAGCUUCACUGCAGGCCAUGCAGUAAUGUAUAAAGCUGGCUUUUUAAGCCAUUUCAAAACUAUUGUUUUCAAUUAAAGAGAAUUCUUGUUUGUUUUUCACUUGUAUAGUCAAAGAUCAUAUGAAUUAAAUGCUCAGAUAUUAAUUUUCAUUCCUACUAGUGGCAAUGUAAGGCAUUGACUUUUUUUUAACUUGAACGAUAAGAGAAACUAGAAAUCUCAGAGAUUUUGCUGUGUUUCUACAGAUAAUGAAAUUCUGUUAAUUAAGGAAAAUACUGUGUGUAGUUUGAUUUGGUGGCAGCCUUUAUUUAGAGUUCUCUUUGAUCUAUCAUUAGAAUCUCAAUGAUCUAGAUUGAUCUAUUAGCAAAAAUAGACUAAAUUUCUUUAUAAUCUUGUAAUGACUACAUAAUUUCACAAAAUUCUUUGGACAUAAAAUAUUUAUGAAAGGAAUUGUGAAUGAAAAUACUCAAGAUACUUUUAAAAUUUAGUGAAAAUGUUGAUUCCCGGCCUUUUUCCUACACGUAUAUUUCAAAAGAGUACACUGUAUUCUGAUAGCCAUCAGUGCUUAGUCUGUGAUGGAAUCCUUACUGCUUCUAUGCUGUGCUCAAGAGAAACCCAGCAGUGGAAGCAAAGGCUUGCACUUUCCCAGAAUUGCAGCAAAGCUCUCUGCUGAACAAUGCUGACAGGAAAGUGUGAAUUAACUUGUUGAAGAUAAUCAUGAGACCAUCUUAACAUUACUUGUCUUAUAAGUUAGAAAUCGUAUGGAUAUCACCUUUUGUAAAUAAUAAUUUUUAUAAAUGUUUUUGCGCAUAAUUUUCCCAAUCACCUAUUUCACAAAAUCCUGAAUAUGCAAUUAUUUAUUAUGACACAUUACUGCAACGAGGGCUCCCAUUCCAGAACAAAGUUUAAUUCUACAUGUACGUUGUUACUGAAAUGUGAUUUCUUUUUCUGGAAAACGAAAAAUAUAAAAAUAAAUGAAUUGUGAAUCUC